AUGAACUGGGAAGGAAAACUGAGCAUGAAAAUGGGGAAGAGAAAAGCGGAGAUCAGUGAUGUUGAUGAGGAAGAGAAAAGAAACUACGGUGUCGAAGAAACGACGGCGAACGAUUCUAAUGUCGUGGAAGUGGCGGCGGCAUCGAGCAGGGUCCGCCGAGAGAGGAAACGGUUCGUCGGGGUAAGGCAAAGGCCGUCGGGGAGAUGGGUGGCGGAGAUAAAAGACACGAUACAGAAGAUACGGGUUUGGUUGGGCACUUACGACACCGCCGAAGAAGCGGCGAGAGCUUACGACGAAGCCGCUUAUCUGCUUCGUGGAGCCAACACUCGGACCAAUUUCUGGCCUUUUUCGCCGUCGUCAUCGAUCUCUAAACCAGCCCUUCCUUCGAAGAUCGUUAAUCUUCUCUUGCUCAGGCUAAAAGAAAGAAACGACACUGCUUCUUCUCCAGCUCCGAUGUCUUCAAUGGCUUCGAAUUCGCUCGUCAACGAAGGAGACACGAUUUGCUUCGACGAUUUAUUGAAUGUUCCUGAAGAAUAUUGUAGUGCUUCUUCUUCUAGUGAUUUCAUGCCGGAGAGUUUCCGGUCGAAUUCGGCUGAUCCGAUAUCGAUUCCGAAUGAAGAGAUCGAUAAGGACGGUAUAAUGGAUUUCCAGUUUAUGGAUUCUUUCGGAUUAUCGAUAUGUGACACCAUUUCUCCAUUCGAGAUAGCGGAAGAACUGGUGGAGCCGAUGGUGGAGCAGCAGCAAGAAGACAUCAACGGCGAUGAUACUACGUGCAUGCUGAGCGAGACGAUGAAGAGAAUGCAAUACGAACGUAAAUUCUCGGCGUCUCUCUACGCCUUCAAUGGCAUACCCGAAUGUUUAAGGCUCAAACAGCUCGAACAACAAUGCCAUAAAUCUUGUCUCGGAAACAGUAACUCCAGAAACGAACAAGAAACCGAUGAGGGAUUCGAGGUUAAAGAAGAGCAUGAUCGAGAAACGGGAUUUUCAUCGGCUUGUGAAAUGUGGAGCUCACUUGAUCUACUUCCCCCUACCAGCUUCACGAAUUAG